GUUUGAGCAUUGCCUUUUAACUUCAACAAAGUCCUUUCUUGUUUUCUCAACUCUCUCUCUAACAGAAAGCUAUCGGUUUCUUUCUGUCUUCAAGAUCAAUACGUUAAUGGCGGAUGUUUUGACUGAUGAGCAGAUUGCAGAGUUCCGGGAAGCAUUUUGCCUCUUCGAUAAAGAUGGAGACGGUUGCAUUACCAUAGAAGAAUUGGCCACAGUAAUCCGGUCACUUGAUCAGAAUCCGACUGAAGAAGAACUCCAAGACAUGAUAAGUGAAGUGGAUGCAGAUGGAAAUGGGACCAUAGAAUUUGGGGAGUUUUUAACUCUCAUGGCAAGAAAAAUGAAGGAAACUGACGCAGAGGAAGAGCUAAAAGAAGCUUUCAAAGUAUUUGACAAGGAUCAAAACGGAUACAUAUCAGCUAAUGAGCUGAGGAAUGUAAUGAUCAAUCUGGGAGAGAAAUUGACUGAUGAAGAGGUAGAACAGAUGAUUAGGGAAGCUGAUUUAGAUGGUGAUGGCCAAGUCAAUUACGAGGAAUUCGUGAGGAUGAUGAUGGCCGUUUGAUCGCUGGGUUGACAUGUUACUGUGUUAUCUAAUCAAAAUGCUGAUUUUUUUUUUCUUUAGAUUUCUGUAACUCCCCAAAGUGCUGAAACAGAAGAGUGUUCAAGUAGAUGAUCACCUUAUUCUUUCUUCUGUAUGAAACAAACGACUCCAAUAAACAAGAAAAUAGGAACAUCUGUCUUACCUCAAGUAUUUUUAUUCA